UCGGAAAGCUGCAGCCAUGGCCCUGCGCUACCCCAUGGCCGUGGGCCUCAACAAAGGCCACAAAGUGACGAAAAACGUCAGCAAGCCGAGACACAGCCGCCGCCGCGGGCGCCUCACCAAGCACACCAAGUUCGUGCGAGAUAUGAUCCGGGAGGUGUGCGGCUUCGCGCCCUACGAGUGGCGUGCCAUGGAGCUGCUCCAGGUGUCCAAGGACAAGCGAGCACUCAAGUUUAUCAAGAAGAGGGUGGGCACGCACAUCCGCGCCAAGAGAAAGAGGGAGGAGCUGAGCAACGUGCUGGCAGCCAUGCGGAAGGCGCGGCCAAGAAGGAUUGAUGACCCCUCCCCCAAUAAAAGAUGGUUCUUACACAAAGGCCAUUGUGUAUAUUCUGACAAUGAGAUGCACCACUUUGAAGUGGGAGCUACAACGCCAGUGCCCAAGAACCACAGAGGACCUCAGCAGCAGGGACAGCUGCAGCAGUAG